CCCGCGCGCCGCCCGCGCUAUGGCCGCCCCGCCGCAGCUGCGGACUCUGCUCCUUGCGAUCAACGCACUGUUGCGCAAGCGCCGCUACCACGCAGCGUUGUCCAUGCUUAAGGGCUUCCGGAACGGGGCUGUCUAUGGAGCCAAAAUCCGGGCCCCUCACGCACUGAUCAUGACCUUUCUCUUCCGGAGUGGCAGCCUCCGGGAGAAGCUGUGGGCUAUCCUGCAGGCCACGUACACUCACUCCCGGAACCUGGCCAGCUUUGUGUUCACUUACAAGGGACUCUGCGCCCUGCAGUCCCACCUCCAGGGCGAGACCUACCAGGUGCACUCAUUCGUGGCUGCCUUCCUUGGGGGCGUCCUGGUGUUUGGAAACAACAAUAACAUCAACAGCCAGAUCAACAUGUACCUGAUGUCACGCCUCCUGUUUGCCCUGUGCCGCCUGGGCGUGGGGAAGGGCUACAUUCCUGAGCCCAGGUGGGACCCGUUCCCGUUGUUCACCGGGCUACUGUGGGGGCUGGUGCUGUGGCUCUUCGAGUACCACCGGCCCACGCUGCAGCCCUCUCUGCAGUCCUCCAUGACCUACCUGUACGAGGACAGCAACGUGUGGCACGACCUCUCGGACUUCCUCAUCUACAGCAAGAGGCGCCCCUCCGAGUAA